UGGUGGGAAUAAUAGGUAUGGCGUCUUCAACCAAUCCCAGAGCUCGUUUCAACCUACCGGUCAGGCACCGGACAGAUUUGAAUUUUCAUGUGUUGUUUGUGUUGUGUACCCUUCACCAAGCCCUUACUUUUGGCCAAAAUGGCAAAAUAAUGUAGAUCCUGUCCGUCCGUUUAGUGUGUACGAAAGAAGCACAUUGUUUUCUACUAUACUGCUUAGCUGUCACCUGUAGUUAAUGGACAGCUUCCAUAAUGAGCUUUUCAUUGCCCUCACCUCCGAGAAGGAUGAGGAGGAGAGAACAAAGUCACAAUACCAUUGGAUUAACUGCCCCCAAAGCAGUAUCAACUCCCUACAAUACUCCGUUCAAAAGCAGGAACCAGAGUUUACGCUGUCCCAAUGUAAUAGAUAAAAACACUAAAAAAGCAGUCUCUCAACUUAAAGAUCUUCUCAACAAACAAUGGUAUAUUUUCAAUGUAUCUCCUUUAUUCAACAUGGAUUAUACUGAAGUUUCCUUAAAGCGUUAUGCACGCCGAUUGAAAACUAAACUCACAUCUAGGUUAUCAGAUUCAAGUGCUGUUGAAUAUGAAGUGUCUUAUGCACCAUAUAAAAAUUUACAAUUAAAUGAAAUUGAUCAUGGUGCUAUUGAGGUACUGGUUGAAAAAAUGACUGAAAGUGGCAAUCGCUCUAUUGCUUACUAUGCUAUCUUGCUUUCUUGGGGAGCAUCAAGUGAAAUGCAGCCUGAAAAUGCGGUAUAUCUACCAAUACUUAUUUGUCGUGGCUUGAAAAGUAUAAUAAAACAAGUUCACACUGAAUUUCAACUGGUACACGACUGUUUUGUAAAUUCUAUUCAUAUGAACGCUGAAGAAAUGAGAAUUCUCAGCAUUGACAUUUUUGACAGUUCAUCAUAUCAAGAAGAUGAGAUCAAAUUAAGGUACCACUUACCGCAAAAUAUGAAGUCUGGUGAAUUAGACAUUUCUCUUCCCACCUUUGUAUUAUCUAAUCUGUGGAAAAGAUGUUUCAGCAUUCAUAAGCAUAAGGAGUGGACCGAUGAAGAAGUCACAACAUUUUGGGUGGAAAUUCAUAAUCACACCUAUCGGGCAUUUGGCAUAGAACUAGGACACUGUAUUUUGGCCAAAGUUACAUUACCCGACAUAUCAUUUACUCAAGAGGCAGUGUAUGUGAAGAAGAAAGAACAUAUGUAUCUCUUUUUGAGUCACUUGAUGAGCUUGUGCAACCAUCUAACAACAGUUGUCCCAUUUGUACAUGAAGUUUCAUUGCCUAGUUCCUCAAGUUAAAAGUUACCUAACCAUACCUUAUUUUACGAUUUAGGACAUUUUAUGUUUUUAAAAGUGUGUUGUGUGUGUAAAAAUUGGAGCGUGUGCUUAACUGACGAGAAAUCUGUUAGGUUUAUUUUAAGAAGAAUAAUUCAUUUUUAUCAAUUUUAUUGUACUUUAGAGAAAUCUUUUUAUACGUUGAAAUGUAGUCACUUUAAUUUAAUGAAAUGACAAUACACUCUCUUUAAGUAACACAUUCGAUGACAUUCUCCACCUCCCAGAUACGAUUGGUUUGCUUUACUUAUCUAUCCUUCAAAUAUCUGGUUCACUUGAUCAAAGGUACUACAAAUUAAAAGUUCAAUGUGGUUGUAAGAACACAAAGAGAACCUAAGAAGGCAAGAUACAAAAGCCCACACUAAACAAUUAAUUUAGAAUGGGAUAUUGAGGGGAAUGUAUACAAAUGUGCUUUGAUCAAACAUUAACUUGAUUUCCUGAAAAAAUGACCAGCAAGGUGUGUAUAACACUA